UAAACUGUAAUAAUAAAAUAAACAAUAAAUACGUGUAUUUUAAAUUCCGUAAAUACCCGACCUGAUCCUAUCUAUUGACCGCAUUACGAUUACUCUGAAUGCAGGGGCACCUCUAAAACGAGUCACUCUGUAAUUGGGCGAAAUCCUGUUGAGGGCCCAGAACAAGAGGGACAAUAAAUAAAUAAAUUACGUUUCUCCUUGGUUAUACUUGUGUUAUAUUAUGGUUAUACUUAUAUAUAGACUCCUCAGGUUGCGCUGUUCAAAUUAUACACCCGCUUACUAUGAGAAAUAUCAUGUUCAAUCGGGACUUCGCUAAUUGAUAGCUGCUAUGGUCUAUAUUUGCCCAUUAGUAAUCGUUUACAGUUGUGUUGCUGCAAUCCAGGAACCCUCGAAGACAUUGAAAGUGAUAACCGAAUAACGCCAUACGUAAAAAACAAAUCAACAAAACAAUACCGAUCACGGUCGGAGUACGAUACAAUCGUCACUUGAUGCGACACCGUUGUCUUUUCUGCUUGAACGAAACUGGAUACCCAUAUACGAAACAAAACCAUACAGAUUUCCAAUGUUAAAAGUUAAAGAAGCUAUUGUUUCCAUUAGAAAAACCAAAACUUUGUGACAUCCUACAAAUGAUAGCCGGACUGGUCUCCAUAUCAUGGUGUGCCAAUCAUUAUUUUUUUGUAACCUCGCAGAAGUUAUGAAAUGCAGUAUCAUAUGGUAAGAUAAUGUGAAUGAUCCCCUAGUAAUUGUAUACUACUUGAAAUUUGAACCAAUCCGAUGUCUGUUAUCCGAAUCAUUGUUUUCAACCAACUUUUGACUUCAUAGCUUAUUGUAUCUUAUCACGUAAAGUCGAGACGCUUAAAUCUCUUAAUCACCAAACCAUUUGUAAGAUAUCAUAUCAUAUUAAGUCGCAAAUCCAUACAUUAUAGUAUGAAACGGAAAUUGCGAAUUGCAGUUAUAGGGGCGGGCCCCGCGGGUUUAGUUUCGGCGAAAUAUGCAUUACAGAAAUCCUACGAGUGUGAUGUCUUUGAGCAAACAGGUUCCUUGGGAGGCAAUUGGGUGUACAGCGAAGGCGAAGGUGGCAGUGAGGUUCAGUCAAGUAUCUACAAGGAUUUAGUGGUUAAUGUCCCUAAAGAAAUAAUGACGUACUCAGAUCAUCACUAUCCAAUAACUUUGAAAGAAUCGUAUAUUGCUCAUCAUCACGUUCUUGAGUAUUACCAGAGUUACGCUGAAAUGUUUGGACUAAACAAGAUAAUUAUGUACCACAUGCGUGUUACUCAAGUAAAUCCAAUGGAACACAACCAGUGGCUACUAAAAGUUAAAAAUCUCAAGACGAACACUGAAACCAGCACUUGCUACGAUUGCGUCUUUGUUUGUAAUGGUCGCUUUAAGGAUGGUUACAUCCCCAAAAUUCCGGGACAGAAUUUGUUUAAUGGCAGUCAAAUACAUAGCCACGCAUUUAGAGUGACCGACCCUUACAAAGGACAAAGAGUUUUAAUAGUGGGAGGUCACCAUUCUGGACAGGAUAUCGCUACACUCAUUUGUAAGGUUGCCAAUCAUGUUUAUAUAAGUUCGCGUGAAGAAUUAAAGGUUGUUGUCCCAGAUAACCUUACUCAAAAACCCGAGGUUACUGGAUUUACUAAGUGCAGUGCACUUUUCAAUGAUGGCUCGAUGGAGCAGAUUGACAGCGUAGUUUAUUGCUCGGGGUACCUGUAUACCUGCCCCUUUUUAACCGAACGAUGCGGGGUUAAAGUUGAAAAUAACGGUAUAGCUCCUUUAUACAAACAAAUCGUCAACAUUGAGCACCCUACAAUGUUUUUUAUCGCUCUUCCGUACGUUGGCAUAGGACCCACUACCUUCGACUUGCAAGUUCGUUUUGCAAUGGAAUUACUGGAAGAAAAAUUUAAACUUCCCUCAAAAGAAGCAAUGUUAGAGGAAUGGGAGAAAUUUCUUGAAAUGAAACACAAAGAAAAUGUCCCGAAAAAGCACAUUCACAGAAUCGAUAACGGUAGAGCAGCUGAAAUAUAUGCCGAAGAUCUUGCGGUUACUGCAAACGUUUUUAAAUUACCCCCCGUCCUUUUUAAAAUAUUUGAAAGAGUAUUACUUAAGAGAGAUCGUAUGAAUUAUAGAAUUAUUGACGAUGAGAACUUUGAAGUAACAAUACCCUAAAGCAGUAUUGUCGAACCAACAUAAAUUGUAGGUACAAAAAAUAAAUUUUAUA